GAUUUAGGGUUCUCAUCUAACAAGGGAGGGAAGAUGAUGAUGAGCGAUGGAGCCCGGUGGCGAUCGUCCGACAACACCGUGGUCGAUGCGCUUCCCUACGUCGACCACGAGUACGCGGAUCCGCAGCUCAAGCGGGAGGUGGAGCGCCUGAUAGACGAGGAGAUGAGCCGGAGCAGCAAGCGCCCCGUGGAUUUCUUGCAGGAUUUGCCGCCAUUGCCGAGCUCCAAUCUCCUCCAGGAAGGGCCUCUGGUCGCCAAGGCAUUGGAGCGUCUCCGAGCAGGAAGGCCGCCGCUGGCCCUGGAUUUGUCACGCUAUGGCGUCCAAGCUCCUCCCGUUGGCAAGCGAAACGAUCUCUACGAAUGGAACGACUACCUCCGCAAGGCCAAAGUCCAGCUCGAGUAUCAAACCAUGAGGAUUGAAAACUUGGAGCUUAUGCUCCAGUACAGUGGAAAUACCUGGCGUGCUCACAACCAGCGCUUGGAAGCUUACUUCUCCAAGCUGCAGUCGAUAGCACGGGCAUUCUCUCAACAGAUCGAAUCACUGAAUCGCGAUCGUAAGCUGAAUCAGCAAGCGGCCGCGACUGUUCUCACUCAUCUGAGAUCACAGUGGGUGGAGAUCUGCCAAAAGAACAACGACAUCGACGCGGCUUGCACGGAGCUCGAGGCCGAGAUCGAAAGCUUGCACGAGCAAGCGUCUCAGAGGGGCAUAGACGUGACACCUUUCCAGCUCUAGUGAGUGCUCAAACGACGUAGUAGUAGUAAUCUUUUUGCGAGAAAACUGGAAAGAAGAAACCAAACGAGGAGGAAGUUCGUCCCAAA